AUGCCAAGCACAGCCAUGAAGAAAAAGGUGCUGCUGAUGGGUAAAAGUGGGUCUGGGAAGACCAGCAUGAGGUCCAUAAUCUUUGCAAACUACAUCGCCAGGGACACGCGGCGCCUGGGUGCCACAAUUGAUGUGGAGCACUCCCAUGUCAGAUUCCUUGGAAACCUGGUGCUGAACCUCUGGGACUGCGGAGGCCAGGACACCUUCAUGGAGAACUACUUCACCAGUCAGCGUGACAACAUCUUCCGCAACGUGGAAGUCCUCAUCUAUGUCUUCGAUGUGGAGAGCCGUGAGCUGGAGAAGGACAUGCACUACUACCAGUCCUGCUUGGAGGCCAUUCUGCAGAACUCUCCUGAUGCCAAGAUCUUCUGUCUGGUGCACAAGAUGGACUUGGUGCAGGAGGAUCAGCGGGAUUUGAUUUUUAAAGAGCGUGAGGAAGACUUGAAGCGCCUUUCCCGUCCCUUGGAGUGUGUUUGUUUUAGAACUUCCAUCUGGGAUGAAACACUUUACAAGGCCUGGUCCAGUAUAGUCUAUCAGCUGAUCCCCAAUGUCCAGCAGCUGGAGAUGAACCUGAGGAACUUUGCUCAGAUCAUCGAGGCAGACGAAGUGCUGCUGUUCGAGAGAGCCACUUUCCUGGUCAUUUCUCACUAUCAGUGCAAAGAACAGCGGGACGUCCACAGAUUCGAGAAAAUCAGCAACAUUAUUAAACAAUUCAAGCUUAGUUGCAGUAAGCUGGCAGCUUCUUUCCAGAGCAUGGAGGUCAGGAACUCUAACUUUGCUGCUUUCAUUGACAUCUUCACAUCAAACACAUACGUGAUGGUGGUUAUGUCAGACCCUUCCAUACGUAAGUUGAAGCAAAGCCUCUGGCUUGGUUUUGUUUGCAGGGACAAAUGA